GUACGCAGUGCCCCUCUAAAAGACUAUCAUCGCAAAUUGCGAAGAGUAACAAAAUGAAAUUAGCGCUCAUCUGCAUAACUGUGAGCAUUCUGCUCAUACAGUUUACAGAGGUAAAGGCAGAUUUCGAUUUACAAAAUCUAAAGGAUGGUCCCGUGGAGGAAAUAGUACCCGGAGAUGAUGGAGACACAAUCUGGGAUCCCCAACCGAUGGAGCCGUGUGUCUGUGAGGAUACAACCACAACUAAAAAACCGAGAACAACCACCAAACGAACCACAACCACCAAACGAACCACAACCACAAAACGAACCACAACGACGAAAAGAACCACAACCACUAAAAGGACCACAAAACGAACCACCACCACGCCAGCCACUCCGGAUACUACAGAUGGGCCUAUAACGACCACGGAUAGCGGUUGCUCCGAUCAAACUACUACAAGCAGUACUGAUACAUCUACCGAAUCAUCCACUGACACAAGUACAGUGGUAUGCAGCGACACUACAACUCCGUUGUGUACUGAAAUCACUACCCAAAGUUGUACCAGUACCCAAGAAACGUCUACUGCAUUACCCACUAGUACCUGUACCGUGAUGACUUCUACGGCAAUACCAACCUGUCCCUGUAGUGUUGAAACUUCUACGGCGAUUCCUACAUGUCCCUGCAGCGUUCAAACCACAAGUUCCUGUACAGCAGAGACUUCCACUCCAGUACCUACCACAACCCCAACAGCAUCUACUUGCACCACGACCACAACAACUCCUAUUACAACACCUUCCUCUUGUGCUCCAACAACUACCACUCAAAAAUGCACCACAACUGCAUCUACAUGCGCCUCAACAACUACGACAACUACAACAUCAACCUGUGCCCCAACAACUACCACCCCAGAAUGCACAACAACAUCGUCCACAAUUCCCCCAACAACUACCACUCAAAGAUGCACAACAACCGCAUCUACCUGUACCCCAACCACUACAACAACUCCAAGAUGCACAACAACCAUAUCCACGAGUGCCCCAACCACUACCACUCCAGUAUGCACAACAACAUCUUCCACAAUUCCCCCAACAACUACCACUCAAAGAUGCACAACAACAGCAUCUACCUGUACCCCAACAACUACCACUACAAAGUGCACUACAACAGCAUCCACAAGUGCACCAACCACUACUACUACUCCAAGAUGUACAACAACCGUAGCCACGAAUGCACCAACCACUACUACUACGCCAAGAUGCACAACAACCGUAUCCACAUGUGCACCAACCACUACAACUACUCCAAGAUGUACAACAACCGUAUCCACGAGUGCCCCAACCACUACUACUACUCCAAGAUGCACAACAACUGUACCCACGAGUGCCCCAACCACUACUACUACUCCAAGAUGCACAACAACCGUAUCCACGUGUGCACCAACCACUACUACUACUCCAAGAUGUACAACAACCGUAUCCACAUGUGCACCAACCACUACUACUACUCCAAGAUGUACAACAACCGUAUCCACGAGUGCCCCAACCACUACUACUACUCCAAGAUGCACAACAACUGUACCCACGAGUGCCCCAACCACUACUACUACUCCAAGAUGCACAACAACCGUAUCCACGUGUGCACCAACCACUACUACUACUCCAAGAUGUACAACAACCGUAUCCACAUGUGCACCAACCACUACUACUACUCCAAGAUGUACAACAACCGUAUCCACAUGUGCACCAACCACUACUACUACUCCAAGAUGUACAACAACCGUAGCCACAAGUACCCCAACAACUACUACUACGCCAAGAUGUACAACAACCGUACCCACGAGUGCCCCAACCACUACUACUACUCCAAGAUGUACAACAACCGUAUCCACGAGUGCCCCAACCACUACUACUACUCCAAGAUGUACAACAACCGUAUCCACGAGUGCCCCAACCACUACUACUACUCCAAGAUGCACAACAACCGUAGCCACAAGUACCCCAACAACUACUACUACGCCAAGAUGUACAACAACUGUACCCACGAGUGCCCCAACCACUACUACUACUCCAAGAUGUACAACAACCGUAUCCACGAGUGCCCCAACCACUACUACUACUCCAAGAUGUACAACAACCGUAUCCACGAGUGCCCCAACCACUACUACUACUCCAAGAUGCACAACAACUGUACCCACGAGUGCCCCAACCACUACUACUACUCCAAGAUGCACAACAACCGUAUCCACGUGUGCACCAACCACUACUACUACUCCAAGAUGUACAACAACCGUAUCCACAUGUGCACCAACCACUACUACUACUCCAAGAUGUACAACAACCGUAUCCACGAGUGCCCCAACCACUACUACUACUCCAAGAUGCACAACAACUGUACCCACGAGUGCCCCAACCACUACUACUACUCCAAGAUGCACAACAACCGUAUCCACGUGUGCACCAACCACUACUACUACUCCAAGAUGUACAACAACCGUAUCCACAUGUGCACCAACCACUACUACUACUCCAAGAUGUACAACAACCGUAUCCACAUGUGCACCAACCACUACUACUACUCCAAGAUGUACAACAACCGUAGCCACAAGUACCCCAACAACUACUACUACGCCAAGAUGUACAACAACCGUACCCACGAGUGCCCCAACCACUACUACUACUCCAAGAUGUACAACAACCGUAUCCACGAGUGCCCCAACCACUACUACUACUCCAAGAUGUACAACAACCGUAUCCACGAGUGCCCCAACCACUACUACUACUCCAAGAUGCACAACAACCGUAGCCACAAGUACCCCAACAACUACUACUACGCCAAGAUGUACAACAACUGUACCCACGAGUGCCCCAACCACUACUACUACUCCAAGAUGUACAACAACCGUAUCCACGAGUGCCCCAACCACUACUACUACUCCAAGAUGUACAACAACCGUAUCCACAUGUGCACCAACCACUACUAGUACUCCAAGAUGCACAACAACCGUAGCCACGAGUGCCCCAACCACUACUACUACUCCAAGAUGUACAACAACCGUAUCCACGAGUGCCCCAACCACUACUACUACUCCAAGAUGCACAACAACCGUAGCCACAAGUACCCCAACAACUACUACUACGCCAAGAUGUACAACAACUGUACCCACGAGUGCCCCAACCACUACUACUACUCCAAGAUGUACAACAACCGUAUCCACAUGUGCACCAACCACUACUAGUACUCCAAGAUGCACAACAACCGUAGCCACGAGUGCCCCAACCACUACUACUACUCCAAGAUGUACAACAACCGUAUCCACAUGUGCACCAACCACUACUAGUACUCCAAAAUGUACAACAGCCGUAUCCACUAGUGCCCCAACCACUACUACUACUCCAAGAUGUACAACAACCGUAUCCACAUGUGCACCAACCACUACUACUACUCCAAGAUGUACAACAACCGUAUCCACAUGUGCACCAACCACUACUACUACUCCAAGAUGUACAACAACCGUAGCCACAGGUACCCCAACAACUACUACUACGCCAAGAUGUACAACAACCGUACCCACGAGUGCCCCAACCACUACUACUACUCCAAGAUGUACAACAACCGUAUCCACAUGUGCACCAACCACUACUAGUACUCCAAGAUGCACAACAACCGUAGCCACGAGUGCCCCAACCACUACUACUACUCCAAGAUGUACAACAACCGUAUCCACAUGUGCACCAACCACUACUAGUACUCCAAGAUGCACAACAACCGUAUCCACGAGUGCCCCAAUCACUACUACUUCUCCAAGAUGUACAACAACCGUAUCCACAUGUGCACCAACCACUACUACUACUCCAAGAUGUACAACAACUGUACCUACGAGAGCCCCAACAACUACCACUCCAGUAUGCACAACAACAGCAUCUUCUUGUGCCCCAACGACUACCACUCCAAUAUGUUCAACAACAGCCUCAACAACUACCACUGCAAGAUGCACAACAACAGCACCCACAUGUGGCCCAUCAAGUACCACUACAAUGUGCACUACAACAACACCGACAUGUACUUCACAAACAACACCAACGCCUGCUCCCACAACGACUCCAACGAUUUGUACGACAACCGCAGCGAUUACCAUACCCACGACAACUAGGACAACACCUCGUCCGAUAACCACGACGCGUCGUCCUUGUCCCUGCCGACCCCAACCUCCCAGCCAGAUCCCGCCGUGGUCUUGGUGGUACCCCUACCCAUCUUACCCCAACGCCGGGUGGCCCUGGCAGCCCAGCCCGAAUUUCCCGCAAUGGCCACAGUUACCGGGUAACAUGCCGUAUCCUCAGUGGCCAUGGCCUCAGUGGCCAAGACCACCAGUAGUGACCCCCACAUCCGACGACUGUGAAAACAUUUGCGAAAACCUAUUGAAGGGUGUGAAGUACCAGGAAGAUCUAAUCAGAAGAUGCUUGUGUCCACGUCUUUAAUUUAAUAAGAGUUAUUUAAAAUAUAUAUGUUAUUAGUUUAA